AUGCCGAGGACAGCAGUGCCGAGGCCACCGUCACCCCCGCAAGUGAAGCUGGAGCUGCCGCACACAGCCAGCGAGCACACGAUGCCGCUGGUGCUGCAGCCCAAGGCCGCGUGGAAGGACUCGGAGCGCAUCGCGCAGUUCAUCGCCAACGUGACCAGCGCUGUCUUGGUGGUAGCCAUUGCCAGCUACUACCUGGUACCGACGGCUGCACUGGCGAUGGUCGAGACCCCGCGUCUCGCCGCGCAAGUGCACGAUCGCGCGGUGUGGACGGCAGGAAACGCCUCCGUCGUCUUCACGGACGGGUGGACGGCCAUGCAGAAGCUCGAGAUCAAGCCGUCCAGCUCGUUCGUGUCUGUCCUGCAGCGAAUGCUCAACAGUCCGCAGGUCACUGCGGCGCUCACGCUGACGAUCACGUGCUUGAUUCUCCUCCGCAAGUACAAGGUCAUCGGCUGGUUCCUGUAUCUGCAGGCAGGCGUGACGCUGCAGUGGGGGAUUGCACUGUACCAAUUGGCGCGCAUUCUCUUCUCCAUGUCGUGCUACUUCACAGUAAAGUUCGUUAAGGUCGUGAUCGCGCUGCUCCGACGCGGGUAUUCCAGUAUCUUCGGCGUUCGCAACCGACAGGCUGUAGCAUUGCGGCAGCUAAUGAAAACAGCUCCGACACACGCGGUGUGGGCGGAGAUGGCCGAGUACCUGGACACGCUGGAGGGGAAAGACCACUGGAAAACCACCAUCUCGGACGAGGACCUGGAGUAUUGUGACUUUGUGCAGUUGAAAAAGAACUUCACUGCCUUGACGCGCGCCAUGAAUGAAAAGAAGCCGAAUAUUCGAGAGCUGCGGUACAUGAUUUCGGCCUGCGUGAUGCGCAACGAACUGGGCGUGGACUCGCCCAGCCUGCACCUCGAGUGCAAGUCUGGCACUAAAGCCGUGAUCAACGAGUACAAUGACGCUGUCGUGCGUGCGCUGGAGAUGCUUGGCAACGCGAGCGAGGACGAGUUCCCGCUUGCGGAAAAGGUCCAAUUUUUCAAGCACAUCAAGCAGUCGUUCGGGUCGACGGCGUUGUGUCUGAGUGGAGGCGGCUCCAUCGCCAUGUAUCACAAAGGCAUUAUCAAGGCGCUGCUCGAAGCAGAUCUAAUGCCCAACAUCGUAUCUGGGUCGUCUGGAGGUGCUAUCACAGCAGCCAUGAUCGCUUGCAAGACCAAUCAGGAAUUGCUGGACGAUAUCAUCCAGGACGACGUGUCGACGAGAUUCAUUCCGUUGGGCAUUCGCUGGUUCCCACCGCUUCUGGAGCAGAUAACACAUUGCAUCAAGACGGGCUUCCUGGUUGAGUGCUCGACGUUCGAGCGUACUACCCAGCAUUACUACGGCGAGCCAUUGAACGAGGUGCAGAAGACGAUGUACUACACGUUCCAGGAUGCCUACCUCAAGACUGGUCGUCACGUGUGCAUUACUGUCUCGGCCUCGGACGUCAACAGUGCGCACAAAGGCCCCAAGAAACUGUUGCUGGACCACGUCAACUCGCCGCACGUUUUGCUUUGGAGUGCCGUGGCGUGCUCCUGCUCGCUGCCUGGCAUUAUGAAGAGCAAACAGCUCAUGGCGCGCGACUUUGACGGCAAUGUCGUGCCGUACAACUCGCUGGGCAAGGAGUGGUGCGACGGCAGCAUCCAGGCCGAUUUGCCUAUGGAGACGAUGGCUAGCUGCUUCAACGUGACCAACUUCAUCGUAUCCCAGGUGAACCCACACGUCGUGCCGUUCGUGGGCGACGAGAUCAACCAGCCUGGCUUUCGCAAGAGCAUUUUCCACACGCUCGAGAGCGUGAUCGCAGCCGACGUGCGUCACCGCCUCAAGAUGCUGGCGUUCCUCGGGCUGUUCCCCAAGAUCUACGGCCACCAGUUCAGCGCGUACUUCCGGCAGAAUUUCUCGGGUAACGUGACCCUCGUGCCCGAGUUUUCGUUCCAGGAGGCCGUCGGCAUCAAGGCCAUCCAGAACCCGACCAAGCAGGAAAUGCACGACUACAUUGAGGGCGGGCAGCGCACUGCGUGGCCGAAGCUGGCCUACAUCCGCCACCUGUGCAGCAUCGAGAAAUGCCUGGACCGCCAGCUCAGCCGCUUGCGGGGGCCGUUUGUUGUGCCCUACAGCAACUGGCUGCACCCAGACUCCAAGGAGCUUCAAGCAAACCGGAACAAGACACCACACACAGCAUAA